AUGGCCGACAAAAGGAAACUGCAAAGUGACAUUGAAAGAAAUCUUAAGAGAGUACAGGAGGGAAGAACUGCUUUCCAGGAAAUACUAGAUAAAUUUGAAAGUACGAAUAAUCCAACUCAGAAAGAAAAAUUUGAGGGCGAUCUGAAAAAAGAAAUUAAAAAACUCCAAAGAUUGAGAGAUCAAAUCAAAACAUGGAUUACAGCUAGUGAAGUGAAAGAUAAGCGACCAUUAUUAGAAGCACGUAAAGAAAUCGAACAGGAUAUGGAACGAUUUAAAGUAAUUGAAAAAGAGACAAAAACUAAAGCUUAUUCCAAAGAAGGUCUAUUAUCAAUUGAAGCGAAAAAAGAUCCAUUACAGAAAGAAAAAGAAGAAUUAGAUGAUUGGUUAAAACAGUGUAUUAGUUCAUUAAAUACACAGACAGAAAAAUAUGAGUUUGAGAUUGAAAGCUUAUCAAAUAAUACUAAAAAGAAAAGAAUAGAUAAAGAAACAGCUUCAGCAAUCGAUGAAAAACGUCAGCGUUUAGAAAUGUGUUGUUUUCAUGUUGAAAAACUUGAAACUAUUAUGCGUUUAUUAGAUAAUGAACGAUUAGAUUGUACAAAAGUUAGAUCUAUUCAAGAGUCUAUUGAAUAUGUGAUCGAUUGUAGUGAUAAUCAGUCUAUGUUUGACUUUAAGAAUAUUUAUGAUGAUUUAUGUUUGGAUGAGUUAGGUGAUUCUACUGGAAUAACUGCAGCAUCAGGCACUGCAACAGGAAAUCAAGAGCAUGAUUUAAAUGGUGUAAUUACCCCCAGUACUACCUUGGUAAAUCAACGAGUAGGGAGUGAUGAUGCUGCCUCUUCAACUUCGACUCAUACAAGUGCAUCAAAUAAUACAGAUUCGUCUGUCACUCAUCCUGGGUCAUCAGCAUCAUCCAAUGCGUCUUCUUCCCGAGAACGGGCUAAAAGUGAUGAUAAAGUCUCCUUGUUACCACAUGUAUCCGCUUCCUCUACUAGUACACCUAUGAAAUCUUCAAAUACACCAGGUUCAUCAGGUAAACAAAAAUCCGCUGCUUCAAUUAAUCAAACUGCUCCUGCUCUUAUGUCCCAAGUUGUUGCUGGCACUCCUAAUAAAUCUGGAAAGUUGAACGCAAAUAGUCAUUCAACAUCAAACAGUAUGACAACCGUUGGCGAGAUAGGCCCGAUCAAACCAUCUAGUACUAUAGAUUCUCAGGUGCUCGUUGACGACCCUGCUCGAAACCAGAAAAACGAAACCACUCAAAAACAUAAUGAUCGUCCCAAUACAGUUACAACAAAUCCUCAGUUACAAUCACAGAUAAAAAAUGGCCCCAGUGAUGAUAGCAAUUCAUUAACACCUUUCUCCUCUGUUUCAGGAACAAAUUCAACAUCUACAGCACCUAGUCUUGCAUUUUCUGCUUCUCAUGUAAAGGAGGAUUCUUCUGUGAUCAACAGUCGAGAAGAGUUACUUGCGCCAUGUCAACCGUCAUGUGUUCCCAACUCAAUAAAUUCUUCAUCACCUAUUCCACUCCGAAGUAUGUCAUCUGAAGUUAGCAAGACUUCAGGUGUCGCUAAUGCUUACAACAAUUCGAUGCUUUCCACUUCUACAGAUGAAAGCUCUGAAAACGUAAAUCGUACUCCUCCCAGUCUAUAUUCAACAGCUAUGCUAGCUGCUUCUCAGGAUAAACAAUUGUCAUCCCUACUCGCUUGCUCUCAACAUCCAUCUUUAGGACGUGCAGGUUCCAAUGUUGUUGUGGAUCCGUCACUUUCUGCAAUUUCCUUGUCCAGUAAAUUUCACUCAACAUCUGGUGUUUCAUCUUUGCCACUUCCUUCAACUAUCAUAUCUACAACCAAUCCUCAAGUACAGUCCUCUUAUUUAGGAUUAGAUAGCCAACUAUCCAGUAUACAACCAUCUUUACAUUCUCAACAAAUGAAAAAUCAGAAUAGUCCUGUUCAUGCUCAUAUGCAUCCCCGUGAUGCUGCUGCUCCCUUCCGUAACAGAAAUUUGGACAAACCCAAAGGAGCUGUACCACAAGAGCUUCUAUUACAACUUCAAGCAUUAGAAAGUGGUUAUCGUCGUUUACCACAUUCAUGUGAUACAGAGAAAUCACGUAUGAUUAUUUGUAAAAAUUCAAUAAAUUGUCCAAAUUAUUAUCCACGUGAACCAUUAACUGGUACAGAUAAUGAAGAAUAUUAUAUGAAAUUAGAUGCUCAAACAUUAUUUUUUAUAUUUUAUUAUUUUGAAGGUACUAAAGCACAAUAUUUUGCUGCUAAAGCAUUAAAACGUAUGUCAUGGAGAUUUCAUACAAAAUUUAUGAUGUGGUUUCAACGACAUGAAGAACCUAAACAAAUCACUGAUGAAUAUGAAUCUGGUUCAUAUAUUUAUUAUGAUUAUAGAACAAUGAGACAACGUAAAAAAGAAGAAUUUAUGUUUCAUUAUAGUUUUUUAGAAGAUAAAGAUUUUUAAAGUAAACAUAUUAGUGGUGGUGGCGGUGGUGAUGAUGGUGGUGUUAUUGUUAUUGUUGUGAUUUACCACAUAUCUUUACCCCUUUGUUUGUAUCAUUUGAUGAACAAUAUAAGUAAGUGUACAAAAAACAAGGAGAAAGGGGGGGGCAUGAGGGGGCGGGAAGAAAGAGAAACAUUAGGUGCUUUCACAUUUGUUUGUUUGUUUCUUUGUUUGCAUUUGUUUAAUAUUUCAUUAUGUAAUUCUCUUGUUUUCUUUUGUUUUCUUUCCCCCCUCCCCCCCUCUUCUUUCAAUUAUUAUAUAAAUGCAGCUAUUUACAAAAUUUUGAAUUGUUGAUUCAUUCUUUUCUCUUUUGUUCUUAUUGUUGUGUGUAACAUUAUUAUUAAUAUUGAUAAUUAUCAGUGAUAUUAUUCAUACCAACAUUUAUAUAUAUAUACAUAAUAUUAUUUAUGAGUGUUUCGCCACUCAAACUUCUUUCCUCAUCAAGUGUGUAAAUCAACCAAAUUCCUAGAAAUAAUUAGUCAAUCCAAUCUUUAUUGUUCCUUCAAUAUGUAUGUGGGUGUCUCUUUCUAAUCUUUUGUCUUUAUUAAAUUAAUUGUGUAGAAAUGGUUUUUUUUGUUAGUGUUGUUGUUGUUGUUGUUGUUGUAUAUGUAAAUGUGCAUAGAAACAACUGAACUGCAUUUAAAACACAUACUCGAUAUAUAUAUAUAUAUCUAUAUUUUUUUCUCCAAAUCAAUAAGGUUCUCUUUUUUUCUCUCUUUUUUUUGGUUCUUUUUUCUCGAAAGAACGAAGAAAAAAAAAGAUCAAUAAAUGCAAAUAAAUAUUACAUAAAAAUACUCGUUAUAUCUUUUAUUAUUAUUUCUUAUAUAUCUAUUGAAGUGUUAUUUAACUUGGAUCUACUUACUGAUCUCUUUAGGAUUGGAAUUGAUUAGUCUCUUAUUAGUAUAUGUGCAUUGUGUGUGGAUUGCUUCGAUAUAGCUUUAAUUUACAAGCAAAGAUGUUUAGUGGCUAGUCCUGACCGUUGUUGCUAUUUUGACGUGGUGGUCGGGCUUAGCUAUCGUGAUGAAGCAACUGAGCUAUACUGGCUGGAACAACCGUUCCUCAAGGUUCUACCAUGCCAAACAGGUCGGUUGAAGAAAGGUAAGAAUAAAAGCAACAAAAUCAAGGUCCGAAGGCGAAGUCGUACUGCUGACUGUACAGAGGUGUGACAGUAGUAAGGUGUUUCCUUCAGACAACCAGCAUAACAGCGAUGCUGCCUUCCCAAAAGGGAGGGGAGGGGUUAGAAAAGAUCGACCCUAAAAAUGCACACCUCGCCUUAUCCCAUGGAUAUCCGUCUCCGGCGGUAAGGUCUCAACAAGUACGGAGCUAACACAAAAAUUACUCAUAGAAAGGUCGUGUGUGACCGACCUCAAGCAGCUGUCCCUUGGGCACUGCGGUCACGCUCUCAGGUCACUAUGACCACUUCUAAUCCAAUUUUUUUUUCAGGUACCUGCAGCAGUGGCUAAUAGUGGAAUCCAGGACGCACGUUUCGUUCUAUUUGAGACUCGUCGGCUACAAUUGCCUGAAUCUCAGAG